AUGGAACAUUACACUAGAAAACAAAGAGUUUUCAUUGUUGAAAAAUAUUUUAAAAAUAAUGAAAGUUUUGCGAUCAGAGUUCAAAAAUUUCGUACAAAAUAUGAUCAGAAUAUUGAUUUACUUUUGGUAGCUGUGAAUAAAGUAAUUGAAAAAGUUAGGAAGAUUGGAUCAGUUGAUGAUUCUAAGCACACUGGUCGUCCAAAAGCAAGCUGCUCAAAUGUCAAUAUCGAAACUAUGCGUGAGAAUAUUGGUGAAAGUCCAGAAACGCAAACUCGGUAUCCUUACCACCACUCCAGUCACCAAUUACCCCGUAUCACCGAACACCCUGUCGAUACGACAGUGGCCCGUCACGAACCGGCCACCCUAAAUUGCAAUGCCCAGGGCGAUCCUGAACCUACGAUCACAUGGUACAAAGACGGCCAAGUUCUGAGAACGGCUCCUCAGGACGCAAGGUCACACAGAGUGCUACUGCCUGCGGGAAGUCUAUUUUUUCUAAGGGUAGCCCAAAGCAGAAAGGAGUCCGAUGCAGGAACGUAUUGGUGCGAGGCUAGCAACGUAUUGGGGAAAGCUAGAAGUCGGAAUGCUACGCUCACUGUUGCCGACAGAAAAAGGAUUAUGACAGAACGCGAAUUGGAGGCUAUUUUGUCAGAUAGCGAUUUUUUUCUCAGUGAAAAUGGCGGUAAUGAUUGUAGUGAAAACGAGAAUGUUUCUGAAAACCUCUCAACUGUUUUUCAUGAAAAAAAAACUAAUGCCCAAAAUCAUUUAGAAAAUGAUUCAGAUUCGGAGUGGGAUUCUGACAAUGAUACUCCUUUACUGCUGCGUUGGGAGAAACUCCAGGAAACGGAACAAUUAGAUAAUGUUAAGAAUAGGUGGAAUAAAAAUCUUUUUGAGACUCAAGAUUCCGACGCCGCUGAUCUAUGGACAGCUAAUAAAGAUCACGAAUUCUGGACACCAUUGGAUUAUUUUUCGGAGUAUUUUUCUGAGCAUUUUGGGAAAAUUUUUCUAAGAGAUGAGUUCCGUUUCGAGCCGCAAAGUUCUAGAGUAGCUGCUGGUGAAGAUAUCGUUUUAGAAUGUUCUCCUCCGAAAGGGGUACCAGAACCACAGGUGUUUUGGAGAAAAGACGGGCAAACCUUAAGCGUGGAUGGUAGGCUAAAAUUGGUAGACGGUUACAAUCUAGCGAUUACGGAUACUAAAACGUCCGACGAUGGCAAGUACCAGUGCGUGGCGAAGAAUACGGCUGGAGUGAGAGAAUCAUCGGCAGCAAUUUUAAAAGUUUAUGUUAAACCGUUUAUGAUUCGACCACCAGAAGACAUUACCGCAACAGUUGGUUCCACAGUGGAGUUUUCAUGUGCAACUGGUGGAGAUCCCAUUCCAGACGUUCUUUGGAGAAGAACGGCUCCUGGAGGAACGAUGCCGCUAGGUAGAGUAAGAGUACUGGAAGAUAGAACCCUUCGAUUAGAGCAAGUUACUUUACUGGACCAAGGACGAUACUUCUGUGAUGCUGAUAACUUUGCUGGUGCCAUUACAGCAUCGGCUCUUCUGAUAGUUCACGCCUCUCCAACUUUUACUACAAGACCUCAAGCGCAAGCAGUAGAAGUAGGUAGGGAGGUCACUUUCCACUGUAAUGUCAAAGGCAAUCCACCACCGUUUGUGUUUUGGUCAUUUGAAGGAGAUAGGGCAUUAGUGUACUCUGGGAAUAGCUUUGGAAAUUAUGAAGCUUUCACUACCACGGAAGGAUUUUCUAGCUUGCAAUUAAAGGAAGCACAGGUUCAGGAUUCUGGUACCGUUGUCAUAUGCUCCGCUAUCAACGCUGCUGGAUCUAUAUCUUCCAGAACAAGACUGACAGUAACUUCAAAAGAAGAUAGACCGCCUCCAAUAAUCACGAAUGGUCCCGUGAACCAAACUCUUCCGAUAGAUUCAGUAGCUUACAUGUCUUGUGAAGCCGAAGGAAAUCCAAAACCUGUAAUUUCUUGGUACAAAGAAGGAGUACCUGUGUCACCGUCUCAUAGAAUAAAUAUGACUAAUCCCAACCAUUUGGAGAUAUAUAGCCUACAGAAGGAGGACUCUGGUUCCUAUACGUGUGUAGCUUCAUCAAGAGGUGGCAAGGCUACAUGGACUGGUCAUCUACUAGUAGAAAAUCCUAAAAAUCCAAAUAUUAAUUUCUUUAAAGCUCCAGAAGCAGUUAUGUUACCGGGACCACCAAGUAGACCUCAUGCUCUUAAUCAAUCGGAAGGAAGCGUUACUAUUACUUGGGGACAAAACAACAAAAUUGGUUCUUCCAGCCUUCUAGGCUAUCAAAUAGAAUUGUUCGGUAAGGAAGAAGGAAUCACUCCAACGUGGACUAUCGUCGGUCGCCGAAUACCAGGCCCUACCUUCACCCAGCAUCUUUUGUCAGCUGGUAUUCCAUACACCUUCCUCAUCAGAGCAGAAAACGCUCAUGGAAUGGGUCCCCCAUCGCAAUUAUCGGAACCUAUUGUCGUAGGACCAGAUUCAGCACAGAACUGGGGCAAUCCUGAAGUAACUGAACUUAGUGAAGCUAGAGCCAACCUCGUAGCAUCCAGCAUAGCAUCGCUUACUGAAGCCAUACCUCUUUCUUCUACUUCCAUAAAGCUUGUCUGGUCCGUCAGCGAUUCUACCUAUGUGGAAGGACUGUAUAUAUAUUUUGUGAUGUUAGAUAACGAAGAAGAAAAGCCUAAGACUUAUAGUAUGUUGACCGUUUUACAUACAGGGGGUACAUCGAGUUUUAUAAUUAAUAAUUUAGAAAAAUGGUCGAAGUAUGAAUUUUUCUUGGUGCCUUUUUUCAAGACUGUUGAAGGCCAUCCUUCUAAUUCCAAAUCCGUUAGAACCUUAGAAGAUGUCCCCACUGAAGCCCCAUCCCAUAUGGAGGCUCUUUUGUUGAACUCCACAGCUGUGUACUUAAAAUGGAAGUCGCCGCCUCCAAUAACACUAAACGGAGAACUUCAAGGUUAUAAAGUAGAAAUUAAAACGAACGGUACAGACCAAACAAAGAUGAUCAGUGUAGGAAAGAAGGCUUCCAGUCUUUUGUUAGGUAGUUUAAGCCCCGGUGUGUCUUAUUUUGUAAGAGUAGCUGCUGUAACGAGGAUCGGAUUAGGGCCUUAUAAUGCUGCUGCUACAUUAAGACUGGAACCUACUUCUAGAAUAUCAGACAAUAAUUUCCAAAGACCCGUUGGAGCAGAUAUGCAGUCCGGUGACUUCAUUACAGAAACCUGGUUCAUGGCUCUUUUAAUAAGUAUGGUGUCAGUUAUGGUACUACUCUUUGGAGCUAUGAUUUUUGUUAGACGAAGGCAAAUGUUGUCCAAGAAGAGCUUAACACCUAGUAGAUCUAACGGUGGUGUUCUCACAACUCCUAUGGACGUUAAACACGAAUCUCCUCUUUGGUUAGAUAAAGACAAUCUACCUGAUUACUCGUCGAGCACUCUACCUGAAUAUUCCAAGUUGACUCCAGGUAGUCAUAAGAGGAAAGAGUAUGUUUAUAAUGGCUCUGUUUCUAAUGGGGUCAACCCUUACGGAAGCGUAAAUCUACGUUCGAACCCAUUGAACCACAACGAUUUCACCCGUCCGGAUAAUCUUCAAUACAGUUCAGAAAAAUGCUACCCAAUAUCAGGUCGCAAAUUCGAUGACUACCUCAAUAUGCAGGUGCAGGAGUAUGCCAGUCCCAAUAUCGAAUCUAAAGUAGCCGAUUAUGCCGAGGUCAACGCCAAUGUAACUCCAAAUAUUGACGUUGGUUCCAUAUCGCCCGCCCCUUACGCUACUACGACAUUGGUGGCUGCUGGAAAACGAACGCAAUGGAACAACUUCAAUUCAGACUUAGACGAUGAAUGCCCGUACCCUUCGGCUAAUGGAGGAUACUAUAACCGCAAAGUGUAUUCUGACUCGUAUUUUUCGCCUAUCCAGACACUGAGGAGGAACCGUAACAAUAAGAAGCCUCAACAAAAUCCACCUGACAUAGUUUCGCCAUCCAGUUCUACAGGUCAACCAGUAUACGCUCGAGUCGGACCACCAGGUUUGUCGUGGAGGAGCGAGGUGCCAUCUAUGAGUAGUUUUACACCUCACAAGCAGGUCUACCACCACGGAUCCAGCAGAUCUGAACCGGGAAAUAUGUAA